UCGCUCACAUCGACCUCAUUCAACAUGGCCGGGCCGGAGAGCCAUGGCCAGAGCGCCUUUAGAGAGCACCUCCCGGACCCCUCGUCGCCGCGGUUCGUGACCAUGCGGUCCCAGGACCCGCGUCAGUACGCGCAGACGUUCAGAGACGGGCGAUCGCCGCCGUGGCUGCACGCCCUGUACACCCACUGGCAGCGCCUCCACGCGGAGCCCUUCAAGGGCAUCACCUCGGACGGCGUCGUUCGGCCGGGGCUAUUCGGGCUCGAGGAUCAGGGCGUACCGAUCGGACGCAUCGUCGACGCGGCGAACUGUGCUGUCGCGGAGAUGGACGAGACGCAGCGCCGACGGGUGCGCCAUCACAUCGACUCGCCCGAGUGGCGAUCGUGGUCGAACCCAGAGUUUCUGCUGAGCGACAAGGGCAUCCGGCUGGACGAGGUGUCCGACAGCCUCCGCGACGCCGUCAUGCAGGUGCUCCGUGCGGCCCUGUCCCCCGAGGGCUACGACAAGGCCGUGGCGGCCAUGCGAAUCAACGGCUUCCUCGGCGAGCUGGUCCAAGCCCCGGCCAUCAUGAACGAGCGCUCGUAUAACUUUGUGCUCUUCGGCGACGCACCCUCGACGACGCGGCCCUGGGGCUUCUCCCUGUACGGGCACCACCUCUGCAUCAACGCCUUCUUCUACAAGACGCAGAUGGUGCUCUCCCCCUGCUUCACAGGCGCUGAACCCAACGCCAUCGAUGCGGGGCCCUACCGGGGUACGCGUAUCCUGCACGACGAGGAGGCGCUGGGCCUGCGCCUGAUGCGCGGCCUCGCGCCCGAGAUGCGGCAUCGCGCGCAGACGUACACGCAGAUGAGGGAUCCGGCGAUGCCGCGGGGCCGCUGGAACCACGACGACCAGCGCCACCUGUGCGGCGCGUUCCGCGACAACCGCGUGGUCCCAUACGAGGGCGUAUGUCUCGGGCAUGUGCGUCCGUCGCUGCAGAAUCUCGCGAGCGACAUCAUCGCCCAGUUUCUGUUGUCCUUGCCGGCCCGCGCACGCGAGAUGCGCCUCGCACAGGCGCGCGACUGGUUCCACGAAACGUACUUUUCAUGGAUCGGGCCUUUCGAGGGCGGUACCGAUGGCGACGACGAUAACGACGACGGAGGCGGCCCAGCGUUCUACUACCGCAUCCAGAGUCCCGUUGUGCUCGUCGAGUUUGACCAUCACUCGGGCGUCUUCCUGACAAACGACCAGCCGGCCCGGUUCCAUAUCCACACGAUCCUGCGCACGCCCAACGCGGGCGACUACGGCAUGGCCCUGCGGCCGUUGGUCUCUGGCGUGCAACAGGACUUUGUGUGGGAAGGCGAAGCGAGCUGAGCGUACGUACUAUCGACAUGUGCUCUCUUUCUUCUCGGCCUGACCUUUUCGCACUCCGCCGACGUCUCGUCCAGGCCCGCCAAGAUCGCUGCUGGUGCCCCCGCGAGAGAUUCGCCUUCAAGCCGUGCAGGGGGCCUCGUCCUGAUACAGUAGUGCCACUGCGUCUUGCGGCACGUCGCCUAAUUCGAUUGACGACAUACGUAUACUGUAUACUGUACAGUAUGUAUAGACGCGAACCAUGGAUCCGGGGGUGCGGCCCCGCCCGCCCGGUAGUUGGACGCUCGGUCCACCAGUCUCCGAUUGGGGCUCCCCGAGAUCCCCCGUCAAGCGUGGAUCGUAGCCUCGGGAUGGCGUUUCAGAAAUCGCUCCACCGCCAUCGCGGCUCGCAUCCCACGUCGGGCUCGCCCACCCAUCCCCGUGGGCACAGGCGAGCUACGCGCCCCUAUUCGUAAGAAUUGUCCGAUACUCGUUCAUUCAUUUAUUAGCAAUGUCUUGGCUUUUCGAGAGUUGCUGCUUCACGGCGCACGCGAGCGUCUCGAACCAGUCCUGAUCCGGCAUUGCUGCAACAUGGCCAGGGUCGUGCCCCCAUGGAGUAGAUCAUGCAAAGCCAUCAUUAAUAGGGAGUUGGCCCUGGGCCUCUCUCCAUGAGAAUUUGUCCCGCUUAAUGCUUCAGUCAUGGAUGAGCCACAGCCAACAAUGGCAAAAGCCGAGGCCGGCCACGUCGAUGCAAGUCUUGUGUGUGUCACCCACGAGGGAGCCGAACUCACCGGCUUCCAUCGCGAGUUUUUGCUUCGCCGUUAUGCAACUGUCGAGCUGGACCCAGUGCCGUCUCCCAGUGAUGCCGACCCGCUGAACUGGUCACGGCCCAAGAAACAAUUGAACAUAUUUUUCGUUGCAUUUCAUUCCUUCAUCGGCCUCUUCACCGCGUCGGCUAUCCAGUGCACCUUCGUCUCCAUCGCCCAAGACCUCCGCGUAUCCGUGCAAGACGCAAGCUACCUCGUCUCUGUCUUCAUCGCAGUUCUCGGCGU